CGUUGUUUGCUCUCAAAAAACUUGAUACUCCUGGGGACUUUGGUAGCUCUUAUCAUGGUUCUUAAUCUUAAUGUGUGGUUCUAUCUUUCUCAUAAUAUAUACAAGUCUGCUUCAGGUCCUUCAUUCAAUUUGUUGAACUCGCCUAUUUCUGAGAAGAUAGUCCUGUUGGAAUAUUCUGAUCUCAAGAUCCCCGGCUAUUCUUUUAUUGAAAAGGGUAUCGACGACAUCGAAAACUUCAAGUGUGGUGAUGUUCGUUUCUACGACGACCAUGGGGUUAAGACUUCCAAACCACAGAGCCUUGAACAAAAGAGAGAUAUGAAGAUGAUCAGAGACCAGGCACUCAGAAUGAACAGCACAGGCGAAUAUCCCAUUAUCAGAAAAUGCUUCUUUGACAAAGAUGAGGAAAAAGAAGAAGACAUUCUCAAGAAGAAGUGGUACAAGUUCGCAGGUUCUUCUACUUGGUUGGAUAAGUACCAGGUGUAUUUUCUUGUAAGUAGGGUUGUCUAUAGUCACCGUUCCAUUCGUAACAAACCAACUAUCAGUAUAGCCUACGCACAAGUUUUUAACCGAAAUUGGGAAGAAUUACUAGACUACCAAUUUCCACAGUCUGACCUUGUUUUCCCUGCUAUUCUCCCAGUCGGUUUAGAUGAACAUCCCGAAGGAGCAAAUGUCUAUUUGGGAGCUGACGAUCCUCGCGUAAUUUUGAGAAACUAUAACGAUACCAUUGGAGAUACACAAGAGCAAGAGCCCGUCAUAAUUUAUAACUCCUAUCGAGCUGAUAUUGGCUGGAAGAGAGCUAUUCAUGUAUAUCGUCCAUUGACAAAUGCCAGAGAGGCUGUUCCAAUGAGACUCGUCGGAAGGAAGCCCAGAAAUAGGGAAAAGAACUGGGCUCCGUUCUUUGAUGAAGAUGCACUGUCCAUCAACUUUGUCUACAGUUUUAAUCCUUUGCGUAUUAUCAAAUGUGACUACAACAACGGAGACUGCAACAAGAUUUCAGGAGCGCCGUUUGAAAAGAAUGACGCCAGAGCUUUGAGAGGAGGAACCAACAUUGUGCGUGUACCUGCUUCUUUCUUUCCUAAGCAUCUUGCCGGAAAGAGAGAGUACUGGUUCGGUAUUGCUCGUUCGCAUGACAACGACUGUGGAUGUAUUAAGACUAUUUAUCGCCCACACUCUUUUGUCAUUUCCAAAGCGUACAAUACCAACGACUACACGUUAGACUACGUCAGUUCAUUGUUUGAUUUUAAUAUCGAUCCUCAAGCAUGGAAUGCAAAGCAUGAGAUGGCAAAGUGUACUGACAGUAAAAGCGUAUUAAUUCCCAACUCCAUUGCAUACUGGGAUGUCGUUACAACAAAGAACAAGGAAGGAAAGGAUCAACUUGAAGACAUCAUGGGUGUUACUUUCUCAGAAGCAGAUAACAAUAACCGUCUUAUCCAUGUCAAAGGAUUCUUACAACAUCUCACAAGUAUCUUCAGUGGUGAGAAGGAAAUUAUUGUUGACCACUACUCGCACUUUGAGACAGUGGAAGAGGAGAACAAUUUGCUAAGUAAAUGUGCAACUUCGCUUGCUCAACAGUACUGUAAGCUGACUGCGAAGAAGUUCAAAUGGACUUUUGCGGAAGACGAUAACAACAGCAUAUGA